CCCUUAUUGAAACGACCUGGCGCCACCCCCAUGAGGACGGCAACAUGCUUGAUCUCGAUGAGUCUGUGGAUCUACCUGUCGUCAGCAUGUAGUGACUUCCUUCUCAAUGCUUCCUCGUCGUCGAAUGUGAUCUCUGCGAGGACGAUGGACUUCAACCUCGACUUGCACACGGUCAUAACCACCGUGGCCGUGGGGACAUCCUUCACCGAGCAGAGUGGGCAUGAAUGGACAACCAAGUAUGGAUUCCUAUCUUUCAACGUCGCCACCCUUCCGUUUGCAACAGAUGGACUGAACACGGAAGGCCUGUCGGCGGCGUGGCUGUACAUGUCCGACACUGUCUACCCUACGACGAAUGCCUUGGACACACCCAGCCGUCCCAUCGUGAGCAAUCUCUGCAGCUACAUCCUUGGCAACUUUGCUACCAUCGACGACGUCAAGGUGGGGAUGGCCGCGAUUCAACCCACUGGUAUCGAUCUGACACACAUUGGACUGACGCUCCUCGCCGGUUUGGGGCCGCUUCAAACGCUUCCGCUGCAUGUAGCGAUUCACGACGCGACUGGCGCGUCCUUGGCGAUUGAGUUCCUCGACGGCAAAAUGCACCUGUUGGACAAUCCAUUAGGAGUGUUGACCAACGAUCCACGUCUGUCCAUUCAACUGAACCGCGUUGCCGCUACGCCGCCGCACCAGGCUGUGCCAGCGGGAUGGACGUCCACAGAUCGAUUCAUUCGUCUGGCCAUGUACAACAACGUCGCUUCGAGGAGUCAAGACGUGGAGACGAGCUUCGUAGCGACGGCCUCCAUCGACCAAAGCGGCGUGUCCAGCGCUUUGCAUUUGCUCAACACAGUCGUGCAGCCCAUCAUCUCACCGUUGUUUUCUACGGAAUGGAUCGUGAUCCGAGAUCACAAGCGGCGUCAUGUGUACUUUCAAGCGACGGAGAACAGUGUGCUUCGGCGUAUCGACCUCACCGCAGUAAACUGGAUGGACCCGAUGAAGCAGAAGUCGUGGCCGGUGACGUCGCCGCAAGCCCCGUGGUAUGUCGACAUGGCCGUGGAUGACCUGGCCGAGAUUGCAUCGGAGUGACACACAUCUGACGAAGGCGGGUAACUUUGUCAAAACUAUGAAACUAGGAGAUUGUAGCUGAAUUAUGUAUUAAUAACGUUAGUGCUCUUCUACAACCAUAUA